AUAAAAGCUACACAUAUGACAUUUGUUAUAUGCUCUACGGUGAAUAGCCGCCAUAUUUGCAGAGAACGUAAAUUUAUCCGCUUGCCGUGUAUUGGUAAACAAAUCACAUUGAAAAUGGACGAGGACCUGCUGUUGCUUUGCGUACUACUUUUGGCUAAACAAGUCAAAGAUAUUCGGAGGCGAAAUACUGCGAGCAGCGAUGAUGAUGGGAGCAGUGAUGAUGCGAGUAGCGAGGAUAUUGCUGCGAGCGCUGGAAAUAGCGUACAGCAAACGUCUACUUCCAAAGGUUGUCGAGCAAAUGCGGUUGCUAAUAUAUCCACCAGAAUUAAGGCGCCUAUAGCUCGUACAACUGGUCGAGCUGCGAUAAAACGGCGCAGUGCGACGACAAUUGCUUCCAACAUGGGGUCCCUUAAAAAAAUAAAAACAACUACAAUAUCUUCUUCAGACAGUGACAAUACAUUUCUUAAUGAUGUGUCAGAUAAUGAAGUAACUGAACAAAUACCUGAAAGCCAUAGCACCGAGACUUGCAAAAUUGCUAUAGCACCUCAAAAAUAUCCCGAAGUGAAGUUCACUGACGAGGAGAUAAUGAAAAUUAAAAAGAGUUUGUUGGCUGAAAUAGAUGAAACCGAAGAUCUUCCUGCAGGCAUUGGCUUUACAUCCAGCGUAUCGGAAGAUGGAUGGCUCUCGCUAACAUGUCAAAAUGCACAAACCAAGGAUUGGCUGAUGAGUGUCAUAAGUACGCUUAAUUCAACCUUAAAUAUGGAUAUUAAAGCAUCCAUUGGCGGUGCUCUUUCACAUACUUUCAUCUGCAUUCUACAUAUUUUACCGGAGGACAUAAUGGCACCGGAUGCUUUAAAAAUUCGUUUAGCAAAGCAAAACCAGGGCCUAUCAACUAAUGAUUGGCGUUUACUGAAUGCAGUUAAAACUGAAAGUGGAGGCCAAACUGUUACUUACUGCAUAGAUGCUAAGUCCAAGAGCAUUAUAGAAACUCGAGGCAGUAAACUUUUUUUAAACUUCUCACAGACAACUGUGGAAGUGAAAUGAAUAAUGAAUAUUUAUCAACUAUAGCCUCAUAGGCUUAUUAAUACGGACAUCGUAGAUUUUUUGAGUUUUAUGCAAUUUUUAAUUUAAAUUUUUAAUCAUAUUUGCGAUUUUUUUUUGUUUGAAACUUAAGAAACAAAAGCCUCAUACAUAAAUACAUAUAAGCGAGAGGCCCCAAUGUAUUGUUAUGCUACGUAUAAGAUCAUCUCGUAAUUUUUUAUAACUUUAAAACUAUAUAUGUGAAGUUACGUGUUUUUUUUUUUUUUUUAAAAGUGAAUCGAAUUAAAUUUCUUGAAUCGUUAUAGUUUUCGAUUUUAAGAACUUGCAUAAACAUAAGGGGUGAUCCAUUUAGACCCUUGCUUUUUUAAUUUUAAAUAAAACAAUGGAACUGGGAUGCCUGAAUCUUUA